AUCAAGCACCUAGGCAUGUAGACUGCUUCUACAAACAUUUGUGAAAGAAUGGGUUGCUCUCAGGAGCUCAGGGAAUUCAAGGGUGGUACCAUGAUAGGUUUGCCACCUGUGCAAUAAGUCAAUACAUGAAAUUUCCUUGCUACUAAAUAUUCCACGGUCAACUGUUAAUUGUACUAUAACAAAGUGGAAGCAACUGGGAACAACAGCAACUCAGCCAAGAAGUGGUAGACCAUGAAAAAUAACAGAGCAGGCUCAGGGCAUGCUGAAGCGCACAGUGCGCAGAAGUCGCCAACUGUCUGCAGAGUCAAUAGCUAAAACCUCUAAAAUUCAUGUGGCCUUCAGAUUAGCACAACAACAGUGCACAGAGAGCUUCAUGGAAUGGGUUUCUAUGGGCAAGCAACUGCAUCCAAGCCUUACAUCACCAAGUGCAAUGCAAAGCGUUGGAUGCUUUACACCACUGGGCAGUGGAGACGAGAACGGUACUUGCCUGACUGCAUUGUGCCAAGUGUAAAGUUU